UCCACUUCUAACUGGAGUUGUCAGGCAGCCAGGACCGAAGCCCCGAUCAGUUUCUCCGCUUCCCCUCGCGCUCGCUUCAGCAGUUCUGUAUGGUGGAUUUAAUAUUCAGCUCUUCUUUUCUGGAUGAUAUGGGAGAUCAUUCCAAAAAGAAGUCUGGGUUGGCCAUGUGCGUCGGCUGCGGAAGUCAGAUUCAUGAUCAGUACAUCCUGCGGGUCUCCCCGGACCUGGAGUGGCACGCAGCCUGCCUGAAAUGCGCCGAGUGCAGCCAGUACCUGGACGAGACCUGCACCUGCUUCGUGCGCGAGGGGAAAACCUACUGCAAGAGAGAUUACGUAAGACUGUUCGGAAUAAAGUGCGCUAAAUGCGAGCUGGGCUUCAGCGGCACUGACCUGGUCAUGCGCGCUCGGGACAGCGUUUAUCACAUCGAGUGUUUCCGCUGCUCGGCGUGCGGCCGCCAGCUUCUGCCGGGGGACGAAUAUUCUGUGCGCGAGGACGCGCUGCUGUGCAGGGGGGAGCACGGAGCCAGCAGCCCCCUCAGUCCCGGACAUGUCCACAGCAGAGCGCUGCACAUGGCAGCUGACCCGGUGUCGGUCCGGCAGGCCCAGCACCGGAGUCACGUGCUCAAGCCCUCGGAGAAGACGACUCGCGUGCGCACUGUGCUGAACGAAAAGCAGCUUCACACGCUGCGGACUUGCUAUAACGCGAACCCGCGGCCGGACGCGCUAAUGAAGGAGCAGCUGGUGGAGAUGACCGGCCUGAGCCCGCGCGUCAUCCGCGUCUGGUUCCAGAACAAGCGAUGCAAAGACAAGAAGAGAUCCAUCCUGAUGAAGCAGCUGCAGCAGCAGCACGGAGAUAAGACUAAUCUGCAGGCUCUGGCGGCCACUGCGCUGGUUGCGGGCAGUCCGAUCAGGCAUGAGUCUUCGGUGGUGGGUCACGCGGUGGAGGUGCACACUUACCCGCCCUGGAAAGCCCUGAGCGAGUUCGCACUGCACAGCGACCUGGAUCAGCCCGCUUUUCAGCAGCUGGUCUCUUUCUCGGAGUCCAGUUCUUUAGGAAACUCUUCGGGCAGUGACGCCACCUCGCUGUCCUCGCAGUUGCCGGACACGCCAAACAGCAUGGUGCCCAGCCCGGUGGAGACGUGAGAGCGGCUGCUGACCACAGCCAUGGUUAACACCUUCCCGCACUUCCUUCACCAAAUCAGCCCAGUGCGACGCGCAGGACAGCGGAGUUUUAGGACACUCGUGCGCCGCACACGCACAGCGCCGAGAGAGUCCGACCGACCUGAAAACGGAGCGGGUACAAAACAGCGCCGGACUUCCCAGAAGGACCGUCUUUCCUCAAAACGGACAUUAGCCGUGUUGUGUUUGUGCGCGUGCUCGCGCGUAAGGGCGCCUGUGAUGUACAUAUGAAACACUGAUCGAGCCUCUUGAGCAAAAGUAACUUAUUGUAAUUUAUUAUCUCCAUUAAACUCCUGCAGAAAUAAAA